AUGCGCUUGGUAAGGCGUUUGUUGCAACAAUUUCGAGGUCAUAUGGUUGUGGAAAAAUUAAAGUAUUAUGAACGUUUUCGACCACAUCCGAUAUCAUUGAAAAUGUAUUUGGGUUUUGGACAGGAGGGAACUGUGGAAAUAUCAUUCAAAUUCUUACAAAAAGAACUUCUUGUUCGUUUAGCUAAUAUUUCAAAGGAAAUUGAUUCAUUACUUCAAAAUUUACCUCAGUUAUCUUCUACUACCGAUGUAUGUAAAUUAUUUUACCAAAGUUUCGAAGAUUUGUUGCCGUUUGAAAAUGCUGAGCCAACGGAUGAUAACAUCAGUUCAUUUAAUGAGAAAUUGGAAACAGUGAUGAUGCGACACGAAAAUACCAUCGAAGAGAUGGCCGAAGGUAUUGUUCAGUUACGACAGAAGUAUGGCAUAAAUAUAACAUCAAAUAAUAAAAUCCAAUAUUUUUUGGAUCGAUUUUAUUUUAAUACGAUAUCUAUACGAAUUUUGCAGCAUCAGCAUUUGAUAAUUUUUGGAACAUUACUUCCUGCGAGUCCUCGACAUAUAGGUUGCAUUGAUCCAGCAUGUGAUGUUGCUGCAGUUAUCGUAGACGCCUAUGAUAGUGCCCGAUUUGUGUGCGAUGGGUGUUAUUGUGAUUCGCCUAAACUACAAUUCGAUUCUUAUAAUUCAGUUGCACCUGGACAUUCAAUAGCUAUCGCAGCUAUACCAUCUCAUUUAUAUCAUAUCAUGUUUGAAUUAUUCAAAAACUCGAUGCGUGCCACUGUUGAUCAUUACGGUGAAUUCGAAAAACUUCCUCCUAUUCAAGUAUUGGCAACAUUGGGUGAAGAAGAUUUGACUGUUAGGAUAAGUGACAGUGGUGGUGGCAUUCCGCGAAGAAAGAUGAAUCAGUUGUUCCAGUACAGCUACACUACUGCACCACCACCAGCAAGUGGCGGUCAUAAUGCAGCAUUAGCGGGAUAUGGUUAUGGUCUUCCUCUGUCUCGGCUAUACGCUCGCUAUUUUCACGGAGAUUUAAUGGUCACUUCGAUGGAAGGCUACGGAACCGAUACAUUUCUAUACAUUAAAGCAGUACCAUUUAAAGCCAGCGAAACGAUUCCAAGGUACAGUACAUCAUCACGAAACAAUUCCUCCCCGUCGCCGACUGUUUCUCAGCCAUCAGGUUGA